GCUAGAGUGAAAUUAGCAGACUAUGGACUAUAUUUUAUGACUAAAGGUGGUGCUAAUGUUGACUUCCCGAUUGGGUGGGGAAAUGAUGAUGAGAAUGUGGAAUUUCGAAAGCUCGUCAGAGCGUGCCUGGAAGUAAAUCCUUCUAAUAGAUGUUCACCAGAGCAGUUAUUAUCACAUCCAUAUUUUUCAUCAAUCUAUGAGAGUAAGAAUGGUAUUAAUGAUAACUAUAAAUAUUGGUGGAUCAAGCCUUUCUUACAAUCACAAAGGUUAAAAGUGGGAGACGACUUUUUGGAGCAUCUAGAUGAGCCACACAAUAAAGAUGUUCUCGAUGGAAUGCCAUUAUCGCAGAUUUAUUAUUUUUGGAAACUAGCAGGAGGUGAUGUAGAAUCGGAAUUAGCUAAAAGAGGUUAUAUGUCAAGUACACCACCAAUAGAAAGGAUUCCUAGGACCGUAAAGGUAUUGGAUGGAAAGGAAGAAGGUACGACAAAAGACACAGCCUUCUUGUAUUCUGAUACUGUUUACAGUUUAUCGCUUAAAGAACUUCGACAGAGAUUAAAAUCAGCUGCUGGACCCAACAAGGAAACAAUCGAAUGGGAUUCAGACUAUUUCCUUGUUAUAGACGAAAAUGACAUGAAUUUUCUUGCUGAUGAAAUGCCAGAUGUUGAAAAUUCAGGUCCUAAAGAUGAAUCACUUGAGGAAUCACUUGAGGAAUUACUUGGGAAAUAUCUCUACCCGGAUCCCAACAAUAAUAAACCAACUUCAUCGUCAGUAAAUGGGCAAAACCCACCGCCAUCAAAUAGUGUUAAAUCACCAUUACUUGCACGGGAAAAAGACGUUGUAUAUCAGUUCCAAAGGGUAGCCCUUUUUAGUGAAUUGCUUCGACAAUAUCCAGCAUCCCGUGAUGAGAUAAUUCAUCAAGCAAAAGUAGAUAUACCACCUUUUUUGCGCGGAAAAAUUUGGGCUGCUAUAUUGGGUGUUAAUGGCGAUUAUCAAGCUAUAUAUGAUGCUUAUGAUAAAGAAACAGAGAAAGAGACUUCAACCGAUCGGCAGAUUGAUGUCGACGUUCCAAGAUGUCACCAGUAUCAUCAACUACUUUCUUCUCCUGUUGGGCAUGAAAAACUGAAAAGACUUUUGAAAUGUUUCGUAGCUGCAAAUAAUCAAAAUUUGGUUUAUUGGCAAG